UGCUGCUUCAUACUCCAGAUCAGUAGGUGUCAGUAAUGAUCUUGUAGUUGUUCUGCAGCCUCCAUAACCUGUAAAGAAUAAGGAGAAGAAGCUGUACAGUAGUGGAGAUUCUCUGGUUCUACAGCUGGAGUGUUUUUGGGGGGUUUGGUUCCACAUCUCUGGAGGAACAGGAUCAGCUGAUCUAUAGAAGAAUGAAUAUCAUCUUGCUUCAACACUUCUUCUUCUUCUAGUGUCAACUUUCCUACAUUGCUGAAGUUUAUCUCUGCAAACAACCAAUCAGGAGAUUCCACGAAGAUCACUAUUAAGCUGAGGUUAAGCACAAGAUAUCCAGAAGAAUCUUGCAGACAAAUGAAGCCAAAUUCAGGCAUGGAGAAAAAAACUCACCACUGUUCAGAGUGUGGGAAAAGUUUUAUUCGAAAGAGUUAUCUCAAAAGACACCAGCGCAUUCACACUGGAGAGAAACCGUAUCAAUGCUCAGAGUGUGGGAAGGGUUUUAAUAGGCUGAGUAAUCUCCAACUACACCAGAACAUUCACACUGGAGAGAAACCGCAUCCUUGUUCAGACUGUGGGAAGGGUUUUAAUACAGAGAGUGAUCUCAAAAGGCACCAGCGCAUUCACACCGGAGAAAAACCCUAUCCUUGCAUAGACUGUGGGAAGUGUUUUAAUACUCCAACCCUUCUCAAAAAACACCAGCGCAUUCACACUGGAGAGAAACCGUAUCACUGCUCAGACUGUGGGAUGAGUUUUAACGAACUGCAUACUCUAAAAACACAUCAGCGCAUUCACACUGGAGAGAAACCGUAUCAAUGCUCAGAAUGUGAGAAGAGUUUCACUACACAGAGUAAUCUCAAAAUACACCAGCGCGUUCACACUGGAGAGAAACCGUAUUAUUGUCCAGACUGUGAGAAGAGUUUUACUACACGGAGCAAUCUCGUAACACAUCAGCGCAUUCACACUGGAGAGAAACUGUAUUGCUGUCCAGUUUGUGAGAAGAGCUUCACUUAUUCAACUACAUUUAAGAAGCACAAGUGCACCAAUUACACUCAUUUAACCAGCCCAACUCCCAAUCCAGAUCUUAAACUAGAGUGAAGAGCCAACUGAAGACAAACCUCCCCAACAAACUCUCAUUAUUACUGAUUGUUCUACAAAUGUAUAUCCUUAAUGAUAUUUAAUCUGAUAUUUAAUACAUAAUGUCUUUUGCUAUGGUAAAAUGAUAAAAGAUCUUGACGAUUGUUUGGAGAACUGAGAAUGUAAAUGUAGUGAGCUUCAUACAUAUAAAUGACAUAUACAUUAUUUUACAUAUAAAUUAUUGAACAUCAA